CGCAGCGGUGCGGGAUCCUCACGUCGGGGCGGCUCAGGGAUGGGCAGCACGGUGAUGGGCAGCACGGUGAUGGGCGGCUCGGCGCUGUCGGGAGCGUUGUGGCUGGGGCUGCUGUGGGCCGGGAGCGGGGCCGGGGGCAGCUGUUCGGGAAAGUGCUGCCAGGGCCGGGAUGCCUCCUGCGUCGGCGAGGGAUGGAGGGAGGGAGGGGGCUACGGGACCUGCUACUGCGACGGAGGCUGCCGGCGAGCCGGGGACUGCUGCCACGACCACAGCCAGGCGUGUCCAGCUCUUCCGUGUGUUGUGGGGGAGUGGAGUCAUUGGAGUGGCUGUGCAGAACAGUGUCAUCCCGGUCUGCGAAUACGUAGGCGCUACGUACAACAGGAACCUAAAAAUGGUGGGGAACCUUGUCCAGCUCUGGAGGAGAAGGCUGGCUGCCUGGAAUACCUGACUUACCAGGGGGAGGACUGCGGCCAUGAACAUGUCCCUGCUUUCAUAACAACCUCUGAAUACGGUAAAGAAAGAAAACGACGAGCAGUAUCUUCUCUCUGGCCUUCAGACAAAGAAGCAGCUGGAUACUGUGUGGAGUUUAGAACAGAGUCACUUUCGCACCACUGUGCUUUGGAGAAUCGGCCAUAUGCUCGCUGGAUGCAGUACCUACGUGAAGGACACACUGUGUGCGUUGCCUGCCAGCCUCCAGCUAUGAACACCGACACGCAUCGCUGUGCUGGGGAUGGCCAUAAUGCAGAUGGAGGUAAAAUCUUACACUGGGAAGCAGUUGGCAACUCUCAGUGCCAAGGAACCUGGAAGAAGAUUCGGCAACUGGAACACUGUUCAUGUCCCCUGGUGCAUAGCUUUAUUUUUACAUAAAAGUUUAAAAGACCUUUAAAACAGCAACAACAAAAAGAUUGAGAAUAUUAACAUCAAUGCCAAGAAAUCUGCAUCUUUAUGCUGCAUUUUCUGGAGCCUAAACGAAUUUUAAAGGAGUCAGAACUUUAGAAGAAGCAUUUUGGGAAACUCUCUCUGCCUUAAUACAAAAUGCUAAGACUGAUUUUCUAUUAGAACACUAGAAGCAUGUUUCCAUGUUUCUCUUUGGUAAUUAAGAGCUAAUAUUUCUAAUCAUAGUGGUUGCUUUUCCUGAAGUUCGCAUUCUCUACUGGCCACAGCCCUGUCUACAGGCACUGCUCCUACUCAGUAGCGAGCCAGCCAAACAUUCUCAAGUCUGACGAUAGUUACUGUCAUCACUGAAUAGCAAGAGUAAAUAAAAAUGAAAGUUUGAGUGUUAAAAUCAGAUUUCAGUUUAGAUCCUUGAUUCCUUCCCAGCAUCAUCUAGACAAUUGUUUAUACUACAAGUGCGUAAGUAUUCUUCCUCUACAUUGCAGUUCUUAUGUUCACCCACCUUCAUAGGUGACUCCACAGUCAGUGUUAAGGAAGUAGACUUCCCAGAACUUCAUGUCACUAUUACACAUGAGCAUUUUUAACUAGUAAUAAGGAACUUUUUUAAUGUUAGCCAAGGUUCAUCUGCCAUAAAGUUCACACUAUGUAUUAGGUUUCACAUUAAAGUCAUCACCUGAACAACUUUGCUUACAUAAAUGUUUUAUACCUAUUACUAUUCUGUUUCACGUUUUAGGACAGCAACACUGCUGGACACUUUGAGACUAAAAUAAGUUGUUAUUCUGGAAAGCUAGGCUAGGUCAAUCCUGCACAAUGUUCUCCAUCGGUCUUUUAACAUGACACUUGUUCGGUUGUCGAAGUUACCAUGGGCCAAAAUUUUAGCCCAGUUACCCACUCCGAACAUCUUUACUCCUGAUUUCAGUUCCAAGUCUUCUUUGUAAGUCCAUCGCUAGGGGAAGAACAGAGAAAAAUACUGGAUAUGUGAACAGAGAAAGCUAUUAAUGUAAAAGCUAACCUUACAGCAAAUAUAAAAGCAAGUUUUCAUACCGCUCUCUAGUUAUUACAGAGUACAGGUGUCAGAGGGGUUUUGUUUUCAAACUUGAAUCUAAAUCUUGAAACUAAAUACAACAACAAAGGUUAUCAAGUCAAGUUUUACAACACAUUAGCAGAUAUCACCUGGAAAGAGAACAGCAUGCUUCAAUGUUCACAAGUCGCAGGAGGAAAAGAAAAAAAGAUAUUGGGCCAAGGUUUGCUUUCUUCAAAACAUGCUUUCCAAAAUUGUACUUUAUAAGCUAAUUGAGCCAAGACAAACCUUGAUUGAUCCUAGUAUGCACCGUAAAAGAGAAAGCAUUCUGUUACACAUUAGGCCAGGGACUGAGAAUCAAGACACCUUUUACCAACAACAAAAGAAUUUCAGUGUGCUCAGGAACAAAUCCCAAUAUUUAAAAUGCUUAUAGAAGCAAAAUUAUACAUAUUGCAUUUGAAAGUGACAUCAGUCAUAUCCUCAGCUAACAGCUAGGCAUUUGCUUUUGGCCAUUUGUUGAGCCUACUACUUAAGUCUGAUUGCCAUGAGUUACAAGCUUUUUAAUCUUCAGGGCAUGACUUCUCUCUCAUGAAAGUAAAAGAAAAUUACAUCUGUAAGCAAUCCCUUCCAGUUCUUUCUUAGUUGCUUCUUGGUACAAAUACCUCAAUACAAAGAGUUUUAGGACUGCACAUAGGGUAAAAGAAAACUGAAUUUUUAAAAAUCAAAUUCUUGAUUUUAAAAAUCUUACCUUUACAGAAAAGUGCGAGGGAGAAUCAAUUAUCAAUUUUCCUUUAGCAUAACUUCAUAGACAUCUAUAUAACAAAACUUUACAAAUUCUAUAUAUCCUCUGAUGUCUUUAACUACUACAUUUUUUGAUAUGUGUAUGUAUAAGGGGUAUUAGAUGCAGUCAAUUUUUUCACUCUGAAAUAGAAUUAGCAACUUUAUUGUGAAAUUAUUUUAAAACAACUUAUUUGGCUAGAAUCUGACUCUCCACAAAUGUCUUCGAAUCCUUGCUUGCUUAAUCCACAACUAAUCACACUGAUGUUAUAUCAGCACACCUCCUCAGGCAAACUGAAUUGCAUAUUAUCUAUGCAAGCAUAGGACAGAAUCCUCAGGUGAAAUAACUGUGUAGAAAAACUGUUUCUAAAAAGUAAGUAUCAAUUUCUACUUGAAACUGCAGUUUGAUAGCAUGUUCUUUCUAAAUUUAUUCCCCCAAACCUGAAAUGCAAAGGCUUAACUUACAGAAAAAAAAAACCUUAAAAACAUUGAUGAGAUUGAGAUGCACAGAGAAUUGUAUUGUGCAGCUGUUCCAUUUAAUUUAUUUCUGUUUAGUUCUGCUUCUUGCACAGGAGGGAUCCUGCUUCUUCUGAGUCUCAUGGACUGCAGUAAGUUAUGAAAGGAGACAAAUGGUCAAUUUUCACUGGUCUCAUGCUGGCAUUUCUGUAAUCACCAACAGAUUCCAUAUUAAAAAUCAUUAGUUACCAGA